AUGCAGCUGGGACACUCAGUAUACGUGGACGUGCUCGGCCUAUCCACGGGGGCAGUGAUAGGCAUAGUGGUGGGCGUGAUUCUGCUGCUGCUGCUGCUCGGAGGAGUCGGUCUCUUCCUCUGGUUCAGGCAUAAGAACAAGGCCAGUGGGGCUGAUAAGCCUGGCCAGGCGUACGGGGGAGCUGCGGCAGCAGCAGUAGGGGCUGAUCUAGAGGCGAAUAAGGGGUAUGCGAACCCGUAUUAUGCGGGUGGUGGGGGGAGCGGAGGGGGGAGCGGAGGGGGGAGUGGAGGGGGGAGCGCGGGGUGGGGCAGAGGGGGAGGGGGGAGCGGGGGGAAUGGCAUGGCGGCUCCAGUGGCUGGGGGAUACGGGGGAUCAGGAGGGGCAGGGGCGGCAGCGUAUGGGGCAGCAGGAGCAGGGGGGGCGUAUGGGGCAGCAGCAGCAGCAGGGGGAGCGUAUGGGGCGGCAGGUGGGGCGUAUGGGGCAGCACCAGGGCCUCAGGCGGGGAUGGGAUCUGGUUCUGGGUCUGGUAACGUCAUUCACCCCAUGUACAUGGGAAGUGAGUGUGAUGUGUACCUACCUACCAGGGCAUCAGUCCCUCCACCCUCUUUCCCCACACCCACCACUCCCCUUCCAUUCCUCCCUCGUUCUUUCCAGGUAGCAGCGAUGGCGACAAAGCAUCACCCUUACCUGGUGGCAGCCAUGGCAACGAAACAUCAUCCCAACCUUGUCCGCCUACUGGGCUACUGCAUUGACAUGAACCCAGCAGCACCACGCAGGGGCGACCUGAGCAUGGAGCAGAUAGUGGUGUACGAGUUCAUGGCACAUGGGGACUUGGAGCGGUGGGUGGGGGAGGGGGCGCCACAGCCACUGCCGGUGGCGCAGCGCCUGGCGGUGCUCAUCGGGGCGGCCCAUGGGAUCGAGUAUCUGCACAGCUUUGGCAUUGUGCACCGCGACAUCAAACCAGCCAAUAUCCUGCUAGACGACAAGUUUGAGGCCAAGGUAGCAGACUUCGGGUUGUUGAGGCAGAAUGAGGGCACGACGGUGGGAGACACUCGCAUCAUGGGCACUCCAGGCUAUGUGGACCCCGCUUACUUCAAAUCCAAUAAGGCCACCCCCAUGGCUGAUGUCUACAGCUUUGGCAUCCUCAUUCUGACCACAAUGUCGGGCAACAAUGCUCUCAACACGGACGAGUACGGCAACAAUUUCAACGUCAGGAAAUGGGCUGAGUCAUUAGUGGCGGCCGGCAAAGCGGAUGAACUGAAGGACCCGCGAUUAGAUGCUCCCGCAGAUUUGAUUCUGCGGCUGGCGCAGCUGGCGCUGCGCUGCACAGCCAUGCCGACAGUGACUCGUCCCGAUAUGAUCCAGGUGGUAUCUGAGCUCACAGCGUUGAGGAAGGAAUUUCUGGGGAAGGUGUCAUCCAGGAUGGCUGAGAGGAUUGACGAGGAGGUGGAGUCUCAGAGAGUUGGGAAUUUCAGUGCGGAGAUAGAGAUGAUAGAAAAGCUGGCGUUUCAGGAUAGCACCAGUGCAAUGAGCAUUCGCUAG